AUGGGGCUGGAGAGGAGACAGGACUGGCAUCUGACUAGUACUGGCAUUGGGCACGAUUAUAAGGCUCAGGUUCCCUUCCCCCCUCCACAUAUCAAGUCAACCAUCUUCGAGCCACUGCCAGUCACAUUACAACAAAUCAGUGAAGUAAAUGCCUUCGAUGAACUGCUGAAUACAUAUGAGACAACCACUGGCAGCACACAUAACAGGAAAUAUCCCAGGGGCCCGUUUUCACAGCCCAGUCACCCUCUCCCUUCUCCCCAUUGGAAGGUCCAUUACAACAAGGACUUAUGGGACAAGUUGAAGUCAAGAACAUGGAGGACUCCAGAAAAGUCUUGCAGUGAGAUGAAAGCACAGUUUCAGGGCCAUUCAGCUCAGCCAACCUACAGCACAUUCCACUCAGGACCACAGCCCUUCCCACUGGAGAAUCAUCUGAACAAGGGACCAUCUCAGUCAAUAGUGGCAACUACAGAAAAUAAGGGUUUGUCCGGAGAAUCAUACUAUAUCAGAGAUGGUGGAGUCUUGAGUUUGAAUGACAUAUAUGCUUCCACU